UUUUACGUUGUCAAAAAUGUCAAAUAAUAUUUAGAUUUUGUAAAAUAAUGAUUUUCGCGACCAUAUCCGCGAUAUGAAUUUAUUCUAAAAAAACAGAAAGUGUUCGCGUUAAUAGUUAAAUCAGAAAUUAUCAAAUGUGGACUUUUAAUGUAGAAGAAAAGUGAUAUAAAUGAAGUUAACCUCAAAAGUGUUUGUGUAAAUUUCUGUUUUGGUGUUUUCAGAAAGCGUUUUCAGUGUUGGUGUGUAGUGAAUUGUGCUAGUGUUGUGAAAGUAAUCAGAAAUAGCUUGACCCUAUUGGUCUAUCAUCGUAGCUGAGGGUGUAGAUACGAACGGAUCGAGAAGAAGAAGUUCAAUAUGGAACUAUUACAGCGUCUUGAAAGGAAAUUUUAGCCGUUGUAAGCUUUGCGGCGCGGUAAUGAAAUCCAACCAAGCUAGGCAUUUGAAAAUCAAACAUGUGAAGGCGUUUAAGCAAUGGCAGGAGACCAGUAAGGUAAAUCGUACGGUUAAACCACAAAGUUCGGGCAGACGCGGCUGGAUACAAGACUAUGUGAAAAAAAUCGGCGACGGAAAAUACGAAUGCAAAAUAUGUUCAGCUAUUUUGAGAAUGCCCAGUGGGCUCUAUGGUAAUAUGAAGAGGCAUUUCAAACGCAAACACCCGAUAAUAUAUGAGGAAGAAAUGAAAAUUUUCAGCGAACAAUCUAAGAUUGAGGACGUGGUAGAAUAUGUUGUGGAAUAUAUUGAUGAUGAUGAUGAUGAUGCUAUCUCAAUGAACAGUGAUGAAUUAUUAAGUGCUAUAAAAGGAGAGGUUCAAAAAGAAAUUAAUGUAAAUAAUAGAUUAGAUUAGUUUUAAAAGAAAAUAGUGGUUGUAUAGUUCAGUUUAGGUAUACUUUAAAAAAGAUUCUUAGAAUAUGGUGUAAAAAAAUGUUUUUUUUUGUAAAUAAAAAGGCUAAUUAAUAGCAAUUACUGUUUUAAUAAAUUUUGAUGUUACAAUUUUAUAAACUUGAGACUUACGCUGUCGAUCUCAUACCAGCGUGAAUGGGUGUCAGUCAACGUUAGGAAAACAAUCAUGUCUGUGCGCAUUGCAUGUUAAUUGGGUUAGUUGUUUAACCCUUAGAGCGCAAACCGUUGAUAUAGGUAUCGUUUGAUUAUAAGUAUCAUUGAGCUGUACAUAUGAACCUGUCUUAGCGCGUGCAUGUAUAAAGUUUUUAAUAAGUUAAUCACAUUUGUAAAUAACCAUUAAACACUGUUUUACUGUGAGUUUAGCAUUGAUUUUUGUAUUUUUUUUAAGUUGAAGUUUUCCUAGAGACACGCUCCGGUUCCAAACAAAGCUUUGUCGUUGUGUUGUGUGUAGUAAUAAAAAAGAAAAAGGAGUUACCCGAUCUUCGCUAGUUUGUGUGUGCUGUAAAAAGGGAGUCCAUGGUGUUUGUGUGGGGAAACAUUUUUGCCAAUGAUUUUUUAUAGAAUUGCUUAUUGCCUCUUUUUAAUUAAAUAAACACAGUUAUUGAGAAAAAUAUGUUUCAUUUGAGUAGUUUGAUAUGU